GUUCCAUCUUCUUCAAAAUACACGAAACUGCUCCAUCUCUUCGAAUCUCUCUCAAUCACUCAAACUUCAGUCAUGUUCUCUGCGAAAACCACUACUGCAGAAGAAUUGCGAGAAGAUUUGGCAAGGAACAACCAAAAAAGAACAAAAAUAGCAUCACAAACUACCAAAGCAAAACAGAACAAGACAAUGGCAACAAUGAAGGAGAAGCCACACUAUAACAAAACUCAUUAUUGUAGAUGCAAAAUAAAGACAAUGGCAAUAGUGUACAGGGAUAUGACUCAAGAAAAGAAAGAUAUAGUGGAAGAAAUGGGAUUUGGUGCCCUGGCACAUGUCCUAGAAAUGAAUGUCUCUCAUGCCCUAUUGAGAGAAUUGAUUGAUCACUUUGCUGAAGAGAAAGGAUGCUUGAAAACUCUCUAGGGCAGAAUAUCCAUAACUCCUCGAAAAGUAGCAGCUGCCCUCGGCAUAAC